UCUCUCUGGAGUGGCCAGACGGGCUCGGGGACAGAGGAUGGCAGUGCUAGUAGUAUCUAACGGGACAUGCGGACCGGCUGAAUUCUGCUAAUAUUUCAAGUUCUGUCCCUGUCGGGCGUGAGGCCUUACCAUGCCGCUGGUGAAGAGGAACAUCGAGCCCCGUCACCUCUGCCGGGGGCAGCUCCCCGAUGGCAUCGGCAGUGAGCUGGAGUGUGUGAUGAACAACACACUCUCGGCCAUCAUCCGUCAGCUCAGCAGCCUGAGCAAACAUGCUGAGGACAUAUUUGGGGAGCUUUUCAACGAGGCCAAUACCUUCUACUUGCGUGCCAACUCUCUGCAGGACCGCAUUGACCGUCUGGCAGUCAAAGUCACGCAGCUGGACUCCACCGUGGAGGAAGUUUCCCUGCAAGAUAUCAACAUGAGGAAGGCCUUCAAGAGCUCUACCACUCAGGACCAGCAGGUGGUAUCCAAGAGUAGCGUGCCCAACCCCGUGAGAGAGAUGUGCAACCUGAGUGACAGGCCUCCGCCACUCAACAUCCUCUCACCAUACAGGGAUGACCACAAGGAGGCACUCAAGUUCUACACGGACCCCUCCUACUUCUUUGACCUGUGGAAGGAAAAGAUGCUGCAGGACACUGAAGACAAGAGGAAAGAGAAGAGGAAGCAAAAGGAGCAGAAGCGCUGUGUGGAUGGAACAUUACAGAGGGAGGUGAAGAAGGUCAGGAAGGCGAGGAACCGCCGCCAGGAGUGGAACAUGAUGGCUCUGGAUAAAGAGCUCAGACCGGAUCACCGGCACACCAUCCACAGAGACAGAGCAGCCUCUUCUGAGGGGUCCGUGUCACCAGAGAACAGGGGUCAUGGCGCCGAUAUGCACCACUACCCUAACUCCAUGAACCACGCAGGCCACGCCCACACCUACUCUGGCCCGCCGCCCAGUAUCCUCGCGGCCCAAAUGGCUGCAGGCCAUGUCCCGCGCGGCGUGGCGGACCAUGACAACAGGGCCCGGGCGAUGGCCUAUCAGAGUGGCACACUGGGCCGGACUCACCACCAUCACGUCCCGCUGCCUCCCCCGCCUGCUGAGGCCAUGAACGGGGGCUCCAUGUCACUUCCACCAGUGGACUAUGGCAUGGAUGGUUAUGCCAACACCGGUCCUCCUCCCCCACCAGCUGCCCCCCUCAUCCCCUCUGCCCAAACUGCCUUUGCCUCACCUCCUGGAGGUCCAAUGCCUGCUGGCGUGAUGGCUGGUGCAGGUGGUUAUGCCCCUCCCCCUCCGCCCCUCACUGGAGGACAGGUGGCUCCUCCUCCACCUGGUCCUCCACCUCCUCCUCUUCCAGCUGGUGCCUCCCACCCCACGACCCACAAGAUGGUCUCCUCACCCCCUGCAGAGACUUCAGCGGUCAACGACGCCCGCAGUGACCUGCUCGCUGCCAUCCGAAUGGGCAUCCAGCUGAAGAAGGUGCAGGAGCAGCAGGAGCAGCAGGCAAAGAGGGAGCCGGUGGGGAACGACGUGGCCACCAUCCUGUCCAGACGCAUCGCUGUGGAAUACUCCGACUCCGAGGACGACUCGGAGCUGGAGGACAACGACUGGUCCGACUAACACCAGCACGCCGACCGCGCACGCUCUCACUGAAGACGUCCACAGUCCAAGUCGCACACUGAAAACACACACUCCUACACUCUGGCUCGCUGAAGGGUCCAGUUGGGGGUGCAGCCCGGCUGCUGUAUAGAGACUCAUCCUUCGCUGUCCGAUGGUAUUUAAAAGUCUCUGCACCCCCACGGCUGUCUGGCUACCCGACAUGUAAACACUAUAGACACCCCGUGAAGGUGCUGUUUUCUAUAUUUAAACACUUUCCUCCUGAGCUAACCCAAAUGUUCUUGUCUUUUUUAAUGUUUUUACUGAUGCAGGUGUGUAACAUGUAGCAAGCAUAUUAGCGCAGUGGCGCCCAGACUAUUACAGUCUUAUUAUUAUUAUCCAGCCAUGGAGCUCAGUGCUGUAUGUGUUUGGAGGUGAGGGGGGUUAGUGGGGCGGAAGGGGUGGGGGGGUCAUGUAUAUGCUGGUGUUUGCUCUGUAACCUUUGACCCAGUGAAAAAUAAAAUGACGAAUGGAGAAUCCUCACGAGCCCGUCUCUCAUCUGUCGUCAUAGGGACGACACAUACCUGGACCAUAGACUUCAGUUUCCAUGGGAACAGAACAGCUAAGUUGCCAAGGAAACAGGGAGUGAAGAAGAAAGGGGCUCAGAGAGAGAGAGAGAGAGAGAACAAACCAGAGUUUCUAUGCACAGCACAUGUUUGUUUUUAAUAAAAAAUUAACAAGAUCUGUCAGUCGAGUGAACUAACCGAAGCAAUUAAAAAGUACAACUAACACUUUUGGAAAAAUAGACACCACGUUCACACCAUGUUUGUACAAUAUCUCAGUUAGUGCAUGUUGAUUAUCGUUAAUACAUUUUGCAGAUACUGAAUUUGUUGUGCCAUUUUCAACCC